AGUUUAGCUAAUAAGACUAAGAAGGGCGGACUCUAAGUGAAACAUGAUUGGACGGGGUGGGUUGGCUGCUAAACUACUGGAGAACGAGCUGAAGCUACCACCAAUGCCUUCUGGCUUUGGAAGAGGAGCAGGAGUAGGUAGAGCUGCAAUGUCUCGUAGUUUAGCAAUGAACGGACCUCCAGGACACUUCAUUAGACAACCCAACAAGUGCUCUAUACCUGGUGGGACUGCUGCUAAGGGCGGGGCGGCGAUGGGACCCCCUCUUCUAGUGAGUACUGGUGGGACUGCAGAGAUAACAACUACUCUUAACAAGUUGACAGUGAGUGACGAUACUGAGUUGCCCAGUAGACCGGGUUACGCGGAGGACGGAGUCAGCAUUCCAAUCAUCACCAACUUUAUAAAAGUGAAGUUCACUGACACAGACGUCUUCCAAUACCACAUUACAUACGACCCUCCUGUAGACAGCAAGUUCCUCAGGCACAAGCUUCUAGAGCCGAGACUAGCUGAUAACAGAGCCUGGAGAUUUGACGGUGCUAUUCUCUACUCCUCUGCUCAACUACCCUCUCAAGGCUACUUCACGAGUCUCAAAGAAAACACUGGAGAGGACAUUACCAUGAGGUACACGUUAACCAAGACUAUAAGUAUAGAGAAGUGUAUACCUCUACUGAACAUUAUAUUCCGCACUGUUCUCUCUAAACUCAGAUACACCAGAAUGGGGAGGAACCUCUACGAUCCGGCCAGAUCUGUUCACAUUCCCAAACACAAGCUCGAGCUCUGGCCAGGGUACGUGACCUCAGUGUCGCAACUAGACGGCGGGUUCAUGCUGCAAACUAACGUGUCCCACAAGAUGCUGAGAACUGACACUGUGAUGGAUAUGUUACUGGAGAUACACAAGACUCAGCCUCAUAAUCUGCAGUCACGGGCUGUCAAGGAAAUAGUGGGUCACGUGAUAAUGACGAGGUAUAACAACCAGACGUAUCGUGUAGACGAUAUCGUGUGGGAUGAAACUCCCCGGUCCUGUUUUGAGGACAGAAGAGGAAACAAAAUAUCGUACAUAGAGUAUUACCGAGAUCAAUACAGUAUUGUUAUAAAGGACUGCUCUCAGCCACUCCUUCUUCACAGAAUGAAGCCCAAAAGAGGACAGAGCCAGCAAGAAGAGAGGCUGAUUUAUUUGAUCCCUGAACUUUGUGCUAUGACAGGUUUAUCCCAGUCUACUAUGGACGACUUUAUGGUUCGUAAAGAUAUUGUAGCUCACACCAGACUAGAUCCCAGAGACAGAAUCAAGGCUAUUAAAGGCUUCAUUUGUAACGUGAAGGAGUCACCUGAGGCCACUGAAGAGCUCAGACGCUGGAACCUCCAUAUCGACGAUGAAACAUUACACGUACAAGGAAGAGUGCUGGAGUCUGAACAGAUUAUAUUCGGGGGAGGAGGAAACACACAUACUGUCGGAGAGAGAGCUGAUUUCUCUCAAGCUACCACAGUCAACGCUCCACUCACACCCGUCAAUCUCGACAACUGGUUACUAGUAUGUACGCAGCGGGAUCAGAACAAAGGGCGUGAUCUGGUAACGGUAAUGAAGGAAGGAGCAAGGAAACUGGGUAUGAGAGUAGCGGCCCCUGUAGUACUGCCGCUCAGAGACGAUAGGACGGAGAGCUUUAUAAGAGCGAUAACUAGUAACCACUCUAAUGAUGUGCAGCUGGUGGUUACCAUAGUUCCCUCUGACAGAGACGACCGCUAUAACGCUAUAAAGCAGCUGUGUUACAUUGACAUAGCUAUAGCUUCUCAAGUAAUCAGGACUAGGACCCUGUCCCAGCCUCAGAAGCUGAGGAAUGUAGUUCAGAAGAUAAUGCUGCAGAUAAACGCUAAGUUAGGAGGGGAGUUGUGGGCGUGUAAUAUCCCUCUGGGUAAUGCUAUGAUAGUAGGUAUAGACACUUACCACGACCCAACUAGCCGGGCAGGCUCCUCCUUUACUGGGUUUGUAGCCUCAAUGAACAAGAUUACUACCCAGUACUUCUCUACUUCUAGAGAGGAAGAGAGAGGUCAGGAGUUCUCCUCCUCUCUACAGAACAUGAUGACAGCUGCUUUGCAAAAGUACCUGGAGAAGAACGCUAAGUUACCGGAGCGUAUCAUAGUGUUUAGGGACGGGGUGUCGGAGGGACAGUUCUCUGUGGUUAAACAGUACGAAGUAGCACAGUUUGAAGCAGCCUUCUCUCAUCUAGAGGGAGGUUACAAGCCCCAGCUAGUAGUGGUUGUGGUGCAGAAGAGAAUUAGAACUAGAAUGUUCUACAGUGAGGGGGAAGGUAACAGAGGCAAGGUAAUGAACGCUCCCCCAGGUACAGUGCUAGAUCACACAGUUACUAGUGAUACUCUCUACGACUUCUACCUGGUCUCCCAGCAUGUGGGGAAAGGAACAGUCACCCCCUCUCAUUACGUAGUAGUACACAACACCAGUACUCUAAAACCUGACCACAUUCAGAAACUCAGUUACAAGUUAACCCACAUGUACUGGAACUGGCCGGGUACUGUGAGGGUACCUUCAGUCUGCCUAUACGCUCACAAGAUAGCUUAUAUGCACGGGCAACAUCUCCACCGUCCUGCAGCUCCUGCCAUGUCAGAUAGACUCUUCUAUCUUUAGUUACCAUGACAACAUCUCCACCGUCCUGCUGCUCCUGCUAUGUCAGAUAGACUCUUCUACCUCUAGUAAUUCCAGGUAUUGUACCUCAAGACAAUGUUAAUCAGUUUAUGAGAACUGCUAUGUUUUUGACUUUGUUCUAUAGUGCUCUCAUUUGAAGUUAGUCACUACCAGAAUAGAACGUUAACCGAGGUAACCAGGGUAACGGGUAACCAGGGUAACCAGGGUAACGCUAACCAAAGAAUCUAAGUGUCUGAUUAAUAUAAUGUAAGAUAAAUCCUCCUCAAACCAGACUAAAACUUCAGAUGAGAACAUUGUAAAUAUUAUAAUAAUGUGACACUAGUUUCUCUACUUUGUGGUGUCUGGUAAAUGGGAAAGCUUGUUACUAGUACUAUACUAGUACUAUUUGUAAAGUAGUUGUAAGGCCCCUUGUUACGUGUGUUUAAUUUAGUGAGUUUAUUUUAAUUAUCAUUAAUAUUGCUGCACCCACUUUACCCACUUUACUGCCAUCACAUCACAAUGAAUGUUACGAUUAAAAGAUUUUUCAUCAGUGCCACUUUUUUCUCCACAUUUAUGUGGCUGCAAGUUUUUAUUGUAAUUAACCAGUAUUUUCUGGGCAUGAACAUUAUUUUGUUAAUUUUAUGACUAGGGGAAGUGGUAGUAGGACAGUACUACCCCACCCCAGAAAUUCGUUUUGUUAAAUGUCUGAAAAUGAGUUUCAU